AUGCAAACAGGRCCCACGAGCCGGCAGACGCCGAGCRACGGGAACUCGGAGCAGAAUAGGUAUGUGACGCUACACAACAGGGACCUCAGCCAACGGGUGAAACCCAAGUCGGAUUCAGUUGCGCCUCCUUUUCACGAGAGCCGACAAGUAGGUCGAGAAAAAACGGUUAUCCACAGGAUUGGACCCGUUUCCCCUGCUCCUGCACCCUGGCCCGAAACCGGGCCCAGAAAUGAGCCCAAGGAAGCGGUGGCGGCUGCAGGGCUGGAAGGCUCGGGCACCUCCCUGGGAGCAGCAUCCAAAGAAGACAGGCAGUGGAAAGAAAUGAAGCUGCAGCUGGAUGACUUGCCGGGAAUUUUGGCCCGUCUGUCCAAAAUUAAGCUCACAGCCCUGGUCGUGAGCACCGCGUCCGCCGGCUUCGCCAUGGCCCCCGUCCCGUUCGACCUGACCUGUUUCCUCCUCGCCUCACUCGGAACCGGCCUGGCUUCCUGCGCCGCCAACUCCAUCAACCAGUUCUUUGAGGUUCCCUUUGACUCCAAUAUGAACAGGACGAAAAACAGACCUCUGGUGCGGGGACAGAUCAGCCCGCUGCUCGCCGUGUGCUUCGCCGCCGCCUGCGGCGYGCCGGGCAUCGCUCUGCUGACGCUGGCCGUGAACCCGCUCACGGGCGCGCUGGGCGCCUUCAACAUCUUCCUCUACACGUGCUGCUACACRCCGCUGAAGCGCCUGAGCAUCACCAACACGUGGGUGGGAGCCGUGGUCGGCGCCAUCCCGCCCGUCAUGGGCUGGACGGCGGCCACGGGCAGCCUGGACGCCGGUGCGAUCCUGCUGGGAGGAAUCCUCUACUCGUGGCAGUUCCCUCACUUCAACGCGCUGAGCUGGGGGCUGCGGGAGGACUACUCGCGCGGAGGCUACUGCAUGAUGUCCGUGACGCACCCGGCACUGUGCCGGCGCGUGGCCCUGCGCCACUGCCUCGCCUUGCUCGGACUCUGCGCGGCCGCUCCUGCGCUCGACGUCACCACGUGGACUUUCCCCAUCAUCUCACUCCCCAUCAACCUCUACAUCUCCUACCUCGGCUUCCGCUUCUACCGGGACGCGGACCGCAGCAGCUCCAGGAGGCUUUUCUUCUGCAGCCUGUGGCAUUUGCCCUUGCUGCUGCUUGUCAUGUUCACGUGCAAGAAACCCCUCCUGGAGAAGGAAGAGAAAUGCGAUCUCCUCGCUGGAAAUCAUGGCAGGGCUGUGGAAAUUAGACUGCCUUAAAUGUCAACUACUUGUCAGCGACGUGACACAUCAGGUAGUCGUGUAUUUUAGUGAUUAAGGGGGGGGGAAGCCUGUGGCGAUCUGUUUGAGAAAGAAUUGUUCGUGCCUGGUGACCACUUCAUGUGAUAAUUUUCUAUGUUCUUCUGAAAGGGAAAGGACGUGACAGCUUGAAGUGCCCAAGGGCCAUAGGCGCCUUCCACUCAYUACAGAUUAAAUUCUAGCCUCUGUCAGAAGCACAGCCCUUUCUGAUGGCCUUUCCAAAGUCUUUAUGGCUCUCGGUCUCACGUCUCGUGGGUAGGAUUUUUGGUUACCACGUCACAUACGCACAUUACCAAACGCCAUCGCUGGCAGCCUUGGCAAACAAGUCAGGAAGCGACAAAUGAAUGGUUGAUCCCCCAGCAAGGGAGCGUCCCUUCCACGGGAGGCUUCAGGGCCCGGGGGCAGUGGCUGUUUUCUUGUCUCAGUCCCUGCCAUCCCUGCUCUGCUCUUACACAGAGGCCUCCGGUUUCUGAGACGUUUCCCAAGGCUCCCAUUCAUGUCAGUAGGUUCAGGGGUUUCUUGUAGCCUUCACAACGCUAAAGAAAUAAAACUGUCUUACAGCACACGACACAUCAGCAUUUAAACGGCCUGCAGAUAAACAGAUACUCCAUCACAUGGGCUUUGGCAGACCCUCCUAGCCAUUCUGCUGUACAUCCAUCACAGUGAAUUUCUGGUUUUACAUUAGCAGGGUUUGAAUCCUGUGUGCCAGAUCUUCAGCUGGUGAAAACUAGUGAAACUUAUUAUUUAUUCAGUGAGAUCUGAAAAGGUGUACCAGGCAGGAAUUGGAUCCUGGAGUCCAGUAGUCUUAAGGCAUUUGUGUGCUAAUGUGUCCUGUGCCAGCCCAUUCACUCUAAAUGCCCAUCUACUGAGGAAUUAAUCCCUUGAUGGGAUGAGAUCUGGGCUUGUAUCAGGGAUCUGGACUGUAUUUAGUAUCACACCAUGGGGGUUCAGAAAUAUUCUUUAUGGGGAAAAAAAUGGAAUUUGGGGGGCACAUUUUUAUCUAAUAUUAUAAUGUUCAAACUUCUGAUGCAGCCAGAAUCUUUCAAAAGAAUUUGUUGCGGACGGUCCUAUUAGGAAACUGCAUCACUUCUGUUAUCUGAUAGGAUUUAAAACAUUUCUAGCCACGGUCUGAUACACUUAAGAUGCUGUGGUGGGGCUGUGGCUAGCCCUGAGCAUACGUGGGUUUGACUGUGACCAGCUGGGAUACUUCCAAACGCAACAGCAUCUACUGUAGACAGGGGUUAUGUUAUAGUUUGUUGUGGUAGUUAAUGCCUGUUACGACUUGUCGCGUUUUCAUGCCAAGAUUUCUUUCCCAUGUGGAAAGGGCCUGGGCAGCACCAUAGUGCAUCACAUCCAAGGACGUCUGUUGAUAGUAAUACCUGAAAUGGGAGACAGUUUCUCUAAUCUGACCCCAAAUAAAGCCCUUCAAGAAACUUCACAAAUCUGCCACCAUGUGCUUAUCACGCUGACGUAAAAUCUUCACCGGGUGCUUUCAUGAUCCAAGCCCGACUUCUGGUCUCGGUUACACUGGUGUAAAUCAGGA